AUGUCGGACAGCAGGUCACCGUCGCCGGUGCGGCCGCGGAAGCGCAAGCAUGUAGCUGAGGAUGAAGCUCCCCUCGAGAUCGACCUCAACGCACCAGAACCGGCUUCGAAGAAAGCUCUCCGGAAGGAAAAGAAGGCGAAACUAAAGGCCGGGCCGGGUGACGCGGCAGUGGCAUCUGCCACGGAGGCCACAGAGCAGCAGCAGGAGGAGAACAAGGCAGAGACCAGCAACAAGAAGCAGAGGACAGGAUUCGGCGUAUGGAUUGGCAACCUGCCCUUCACGGCGACGAGAGAGGCGCUGCGGACAUUCCUGACUACCAAGAGCGGCAUCCUGGACAGCGAGAUCACACGCAUCCACAUACCAGAAGGCGAAUCGAAACAGAAGGGCGUGAAGCGGAACAAGGGGUUUGCAUACGUCGACUUCGCCAGCCAGAAGGUUGUCGACCUGGCUCUGGCACUGAGCGAGGAGCUUGUCGGUGGCAGACGGGUGCUGAUCAAGGAUGCCACCAAUUUCGAAGGACGGCCAGAGAAGAAUGCCGACCAAGAGGACGGCUCCAAGGCAGCUGGCAAUCCACCUUCAACCAAGAUAUUCGUAGGGAAUCUCUCCUUUGACACGACCAAGGAGGACCUGGAAGCGCACUUUGGCCCCUGUGGAACGGUCUCCCAUGUCCAUGUCGCUACCUUUGAAGACUCAGGGAAGUGUAAAGGGUACGCGUGGGUGGAGUUUGAGUCCACCGAGUCAAGCCAGGCUGCUGUCCGUGGAUUCAUAAAGGUGCCUGACCCGGCUGACGAGGUGGAGGACGCCGAGGAGGAAGAGGCAGAAGCAGAUAAAGAAGCAGAGGGAUCCAACGUGAAGAAGCCCAAGAAGCAGCGUAUGAAGAAAGUGUGGGUGAACAGGCUCCAGGGUCGCCAGCUGCGUAUGGAGUUUGCUGAAGAUUCGUCGACGCGGUAUAAGAAGAGAUUUGGCAAGGAAAAGUCGGAGGGAGACGAGGCUUCCAAGCAAGCGAGCGAGAAUCGGGCGCCGCAGAAGACGGCCAGGGAGCCCAAGAAGCCCGCAAAGUACUACAGUCGAUACUCCAAUGAGACGGUGCAGAAGUUGAGCGGCGCCAUGGUGGAAGCAAAGGGGACAAAGGUGACCUUUGAUUAA